UGUGGUUGAGGAAAACAUGGCCAAGUCCCAUUUGAUGCCUAACAUAUUCCCGCCAUGUUCGUUCUCAAUCCUAAAACCCUAUUCGCUUCUCCCUUCAUACCCAGGAAAACCUCAAUUUCACCUCAAUUCUCAAACUUCAAGUCUCGGACAUACUGCAAAUCCAAUCAAAUAACCGAAAGGGGUAUCCUUUGCGACACCAGCGACACCUUUUUCCGCCUCGAAAGCGCCACCGGCCGAGACCUCGGGGUCCUUUCAGCAGCACUCUACAAGCAAUCCAAAGGACAAUUAAGAGUCCUCGAUGCAAUGUGCGGGUGCGGGAUCCGUUCCCUUCGCUACCUUAUCCAAUCGAAAGCCGAUUUCGUGUUGGCCAAUGACGCAAACGAGAGCCACAGGAGAGUUAUUCUGAAUAAUUUAGGACAAGUUGAGAGGUUUGAAGGUGAACAAAGGAGAUGGGUAGUAACGCAUAACGAAGCCACUCGGAUUUUAACGGAUUGUUACUUGCAAAGGGAUUAUUUUGAUUAUAUCGACUUGGAUUCGUUUGGGAGUGAUUCUUCUUUCUUCUUAAGGGCUGCUUUUAGUAGUUUGAAACUCGAUGGAUUGGUUUACGUUACUUCCACUGACGGUUUCUCAUCAGGGGGUCACCGCCCUUUUCAUUCAUUAGAAGCAUUUGGGGCAUAUGUUCGUCCAAUGCCAUAUGCAAACGAGCUUGGUUUGCGAAUCCUAAUAGGUGGGGCUGUGAGGGAGGCUUCUGUGCUCGGCUACCGUGUUACCCCACUUUUUUCAUACUACUCUUGCCAUGGACCUGUUUUCAGAGUCUUGCUCCAAAUGAAUCGAGGGAAGCUACCGGAGAAGAGGGAUUAUGGUUUCAUCUGCUACUGUAAUCGCUGUGGAAAUUCGCAAGCAUUUUCAUGGGGUAAACUUGGUCAAAUCAGUUGUCCUUGCAGUAACACGAUACAAGAUGCUGCAUCACUUGUUGUGUCAGGCCCUUUAUGGACAGGACCUCUUCAUAGUGGAAAUUAUAUCAUGGAAAUGUUAAACUUGGAUGAGCAGUGGGGAUGGGUGGGCAAAGGUGCAGGGACUGGUCUAGAAAAGCUGCUGAAACGGAUGUUGGAAGAAAGUGACCCCAGAUUACCAUUUGGAUAUAUCAAACUCGAUGAGGUGGCAAGUCGUGCAAAAACCGAUACUCCUUCCAUAAGUUCUAUCAUGAACACCCUUCACAAGGAGGGAUAUGCUGCAAGUAGAUCACACAUUGCCUCCAGUGCGAUCAAGACAGACUGUCCCAUGGCAGGAUGCAUCAGGAUUGCCCAGAAAUUACAUGGAUGCUGAAAAUCACAAGUUUUGAAGCCAUAUUAGCCUUAACAGUGUGUUUGG